AUGACGAAGUCGCGCGAGAAAGUAUACGCGCCGGCCGGCCCCGUGAUGUCACAAAAUCAGGAAAAUUCAAACGGUGAAAAAGAUGCUAAUGCCGGAGCUCAACAAUUUAGCGCUGCUUCGGCUCAGGUCGAUCGAUGCCGGAGGAGUUCGUGCUUUGGAUGCGCGAGCGUCAUCGUAGUCUUCAAAGUCGGAGGGGACGAGGACACGAGGGAAAGGAAAGGAGACGAGGGAGGAAAGCUGCGGUUGCAGUUCAGGCUAAGUGACGCCCGCACAGGAAGCGAGGUCACGAGGGAGGACGGGCGGGCGGCUGCUAUAAAACCUGACGUGGAGUCCGCAGGCGGCGACACAACGGACGACACGCUGGAGAUGCGCGUGUGCGGCUCGCUGCUCGUCAUCUGUCUGCUGUCCGUCAACGUGGCCCAGCGCGACGGCCGCCGGCUCCCGCUACCGCAACAGCAUGUAGACGGCGCCGCCUCCACGAGGUCCGCGCCCGCCUCGUCGGCCCGCGCGGGCGGCAUCGAGCCGCUGCGGGCGGAUCGCCGCGCGAAGGCGGAGAACGGCGUGACGGAGCCCAAGAGGAAGGCGAACGCGCCGCCGCCGAACCGGUUGGAUCGACUUUCCGCCGGCGCCGCCGCCAAACGUGCGGCCGACGGCGUGAUUGCGUUGCCACGGCGACGCCUCAGCCUUCCUCCCGUGGACAGGAUCGGGAUGACACGCCUUCCAAGCGCAAGAGGCUAGGCAACGCCACCUCCGGCCGCUCGAGGCCUCAGCCAAUCAGCGGCCGCCAAGAUCGCCAACCUGGAAGUCCAGCAGUCAACUCAAUCUUUGUUAUACUUGAAACACAAAAUGAAUGUUUCCAAAUCUGUUCCUGCCUACCAAACAAUAAAUAAUACAAUAAAAGAGCACUGUAUUGUAUCAACACAUUAAAGAGAAUAUGUUAAAAAAAAAAAAA